AUGUCAACACCAACACCAACACCAACACCAGCACCAACACCAGCAUCGCUAACACAACCAAAACAGGUCGAUAUUACAAGAAUUCCAGGUUUUAAACAAUGGGUUAUUAUUUAUCCACCUUAUAUAAAUAGUGAAUGUACAAAAGACAGAGGUAGAAAGAUUUCAAAAGAGAACGCUGUCAAAAAUCCAAAUUUAAUAGAAAUAGCUGAAGCCACAUCUGCUAUAGGUUUUAGUUCAGUUAUUGAACCAAACAAAGGUUAUCCAAAAGAAUUUUUCCAAAGAGGAAGAGUUAGAAUUAAUUUUGAAGAACUUAAACAUAGAUACCCAGCCAUUAAAAAUAAAACUAUUUUAAUGUGUAAAAUUGCAGAAAUUAUUAAAAAAAAUCAACCAAACAGACCAGAAAGCUUUAAUCCAUUAUCACUUUUACCACCAGUUCAAGCUGUUUCAAAUAAAGAAAAGAAACAUCCAACCCCAAAUACUACUACCACAACAACUACUACAUCCUCUUCAUCAUCAAAAACUGGCGGAAAGAAAAAGAAAAAUGUUAAUGUAAUUUAA